GCAAGACUCCAGACUUUGUUGACACAUGUAGUUUCAUCGACAUGGCGGCGACAUCGCCAUCCGGUAAUGACCGGCUCUUCAUUUUUGGUAUGGGAUGUGCGGCAGCCGCAGUGAUGUGGGCAAUGCGAGAGAUGCUCAUCUACUACCGCGACGAGGCUGCGAUACCUCCCUCCGAAAACAAACCCCAGUACAUAACGCAAGAUGUGGAGGACUCUUUGAAACUUGGUACUUUGAACAAACUACUGGACAGUCCUAAUUACUCUAUACAAGAGACUACUGCGAUCAUCAUCUGCGAGCGAGCUCUUCACGAUCAAAACGCCAUCGACGCUCUUCUAUGGCACAUCACUCGGCCGGAACACGAAUCAAGAGAACAGGGUAUUCGAGCUUUGACAAUGAUGAUGAACAGCUCUACUGUGAAAAUGAUCAACCGACCAGAAGGAUGGGCGGCGUUGGUCAAAUGCCUCGAGUACUCGAUUACAGACUACAAACAUAAUCUCUUCGACUCCGAAUGGGACAAUUGGCACUUACGAGACGUCGUCGAGCAAGGCUGUCUAAUGGUACUGGUUCAGCUAACAGAUAAAUACGGACCAUCUGGACUGGUCAAGUCACGAUUUGUUGACCGGUGGCUUGCGAAAGAACCAUGGUCUGAAGAUGAAACGUACCGAACGAUGAAGUUCGCAGACUCUUUGCACAACAAGAACCGACUGAGCGAGCUUACAAUACCAUUAUUUCGAGAUCAUGCUGGUCGGAAGCAGUUGAUCAAAGCAAAGCUUGUACCCCCCGAACUCGUCAUGGGCCCGUAUUCUAGGGAUAUUAAGAUGAUCAAUGGGGAGAGCACAGCAGGAGAAGACUUUGAUGGUAUGUUUGUGGAUAACAGACGAAGGCGAGAUCAGAGUUCUGAGGAUGACCAUAUCCGGCGUCGUCACCGUGAGGCUAUGGUACUGAACGAUGGCACAAGACCACUCGAGAGAGGCGACAUAAUUCAGCGAGAACGAUGAUGAGAUAUGCCAAGGAAAAGCAUGAUUAUAUUACAAAGAGGUUGUUUGCUAUCCAGACAACUAGGAACGUGAUGGGAUUUCCGAAUCUCUUGAAAAGAUUGACCCGCAAUGCGUCCGGAGCAGGCACCCUUCCCCAAAAGGCGAACUUCACGCACUGCGAAAGAACCGAUUUCGCUGCUUAUCAUGCAGCGGGUACACACAGUAUUGUCGGUGCAGGCUUACCGCCCAAUUGCCACUCAACUGCCACUCAACUGCGUCACUUCCGAGGAAUUAGAAUGUUCUGAAAUGGCAAAUUGGAAUUGAAUGUCUAUUUGGCCAUCAAUCAAACUUGGUAGCGAAUGAGGAAGUUCACUUCGAUCUGACUGUGUCUUCUUCCAGCUCUCAGCGGCACAGCAAUGGUGCCAUGUCUGUUGGCUGCAGGUACGGUGUAAGGGUAUUAGAUUACUCCCCGAACCAUCAAAGUUUAGUCGGAAGUUUGCCAUCAAAUCUGCUUUGUUACAUUUUCCGAUCUGCUAUUUGAGUCUGGUGUAACACUUUAUUUCGGACGCCCCCGGCAUUGUAUACCGUAACGCUCGUAUUGAGCGGGUGGAUUCAUCCCCAUAGACUGAUUUUUUGAUUAUCACGGAUGAUUCUUCAAUUUGUCCACUCAUCAUCGCCUCCCUCAGGUAAGACCUUGCUAUGCCAGCCUGAGCCGGGCCUUUUCCGGCUUGCGGCAUUUACGUGGCUCUGUGAGUUGUAGGAGGAACUUCGCGUCAAAUCACUCGAACCGUUAGAUGUAUCAAUAGAGGCCAGCACUUUAGUGGUAAAUGCUAAUAUCGCAUAUCUUGCGGCCUUCUCCAACACCUACCAUCUUUCCAGUCGUUUCUGCUCUUUGGUGGGGUGUUUCUCACGUUGUCC